GUCUUUUGCUCUUUUCUCCUCCACGACUUUCAACUAGUCCCCUUCAAUAUAACCAAGCGAAUUAUGGCUCCUGAAUACUCCAAGCAUCAUUCAAUGGAAGCUCAAAGCUCGAUUUACGAAGCAAGUUCCAAUGAAAAUAGCAAGGAAUGUGCGGUUUAUCUCAGCGGUUCCCUGCAGAGCCCUUCUCGCUGCGUGUGUAACUCUGAAUUUAUAAUGGACUUUCCAAAAACUAUACAUCAGCAACCAUGUUCUGAGGACAAGAGACGUGUUACGGACAUGAGUGAAGGUUUUAUGCAGGCACAACGACCUUCUUCAGAACUCUCUGCGGAAGUGGGGCAUUUAACACAGCAGCUCCACGCCACUCGCGUAAUAGAAAAUCGCCUCACCCAAGAAAAAACGAGUCUUAUAACUUUCCAUCAACGCGAGAUGGACGAUUUGAAACACAAAUUCUCAGAGCAGAAAGUUAAACAAGACAUCAAAAUAUCUCUCCUGGAUCUUGAAAAUGCUUUCCUCACUAGGCAAGUCCACAAUGCAGAGGCCAAAUUGGUGCAAUCGAAGGCAAAUGUGGAUGAUCUCAAACAGCUCACUCAGGCUCUGCAAACGACCAUCGACAAAUACAGGUCGGACUCGGCAGCAGAUGUCCGAAACCUCAGAGAGCGGCUGGAAACCGAUAAGAAGGAUAUUUUAGCCGAACACCAGAAGACUAAGGCAGUACUGCAGGGGUUCCAGUCGACAGCGACGUUGCUGCAAAAGCGUAUUGAAACGGCUUAUGCAGCGAACCGCGCUUUGGAGAGCGAGAAAAUGCGAUUCAAACAAGAAAGCGAAGAGGCAAAGAGGAAGCUAGACGAAUACGAAGCCAUUGUGGAGACGCUUAGAAUACGCUUUGGAGAGAUGGAAACCGGCAUGUUGGCUGCAAAAGUUGGAUCUGACCGGAUGAGGGGCGAGCUUGAAGAAUAUUGCCAGGGAACCACUGAACUAGAGGCUGUUAACGCUAGGCUGGGUGGCGAUCUCGAAUCCGCCGAGAAGAAAAUAUUUCUCUUGACAACAAACAACGAGUUGCUGCUCCAAACGAUCGUAAAUAUUCGUAGCCCUAACUCAGAUCUUGAGGCCAUCCAAGCCGAGUCGCUGCGUCUCGCACAAGAGAACUUGCAGUUGCAGGAAAGACUGCUGGAGUAUGAGGAGCAAGAAGUUGAGAGGGCAGUACUUGACUACGAAGAUGACCAGUUGUUCGACCAGCCUGAGGAGGAUUCACACUGUACGAUGAGAAGUGCUAAUUCCCUAGCGGAUUUCAUUGCCGGCGAGGCACCUGAAGAUGGAGAUGCACCUCGUUCCCGUAGCGCGUCCGAGAACGAUGGGCCUCCGUCGUAUUGAUACAGAAGGCCAAUUCAUUUGUCUUCGAUAUGAUAAGGCUGAUGAGGUUCUCAUGCGGCAAUUUAGUAUAUGUCAG